AAACACUACGGUCUCGCUGCUAGCCAAUUUAGCUUGCCAUGCUAGCUAGUUGUGAAAAUCAUCGACCACAACAUUGCAGUGCGGAUUAUUUAGCCACUUAACUACAAGUUCAAAUACUGACCGGCUUUAAGGUGGACAUAACUAAUAGAGAGGAUUCCAGGUUGUAAAAUAGAGGAUGUCUAUUCAGUAUGAGGAGCCUGCAUUAACCGGGAGUUACGAUGUUGUGGGUUCGUUUCCCAAAAGUUUUGGCUACGGGGUGGAGGAGCCAGACAUGGAGGAGAGCUCCUCAUCAGCUGACAAACCGAGGAUACUGCUGAUGGGACUGAGACGGAGUGGAAAGUCAUCCAUUCAGAAGGUCGUAUUCCACAAGAUGUCACCCAAUGAGACGCUGUUCCUCGAAAGCACCAACAAAAUCUACAAGGAUGACAUCUCCAGCAGCUCCUUUGUCAACUUCCAGAUCUGGGACUUUCCCGGCCAGGUGGACUUUUUCGACCCCACAUUUGACAGCGAGAUGAUCUUCAAAGGAACCGGCGCGUUGAUCUUUGUCAUUGACGCUCAGGACGACUACGUCGAGGCUCUUGGGCGGUUGCAUCUCACUGUGUCCAGAGCCUACAAAGUCAAUCCAGACAUCAACUUUGAGGUGUUCAUCCAUAAAGUAGACGGUCUCUCAGAUGACCACAAAAUAGAAACACAAAGAGACAUUCAUCAGAGGGCCAACGAUGAUCUGGCAGAUGCCAGCCUGGAGAAAGUACACCUCAGUUUCUACCUAACCAGCAUCUAUGACCACUCCAUAUUCGAGGCCUUCAGUAAAGUCGUCCAGAAGCUCAUUCCUCAGCUGCCGACGCUGGAGAACCUGUUGAACAUUUUCAUCUCUCAUUCUGGCAUCGAGAAAGCCUUCCUGUUUGAUGUUGUUAGUAAGAUUUACAUCGCCACAGACAGCUCUCCUGUUGACAUGCAGUCCUACGAACUCUGCUGCGAUAUGAUAGAUGUUGUCAUUGAUGUCUCCUGCAUUUACGGGCUAAUGCAGGAUGGCAGCGGCUGUGCCUAUGACAAGGAGUCUUUGGCUAUCAUCAAGCUCAACAACACUACAGUCCUUUAUUUGAAAGAGGUCACCAAGUUCCUCGCACUCGUCUGCAUCCUCAGAGAGGAGAGUUUUGAGAGGAAAGGUUUGAUUGAAUACAAUUUCCAUUGUUUCCGAAAAGCCAUCCACGAAGUGUUUGAAGUUGGCACCUCGCCGCAAGUCGUCAGCUCGUCCAGCAAGAGCCUGACAGGCCUGAAGUACGCCGCACUGAACGGGAGUGCCGUUUAAAGGGCGAUGAUGGUGAGACGAGGGACGAGUGUGAGUUUACCUAAAGUGCACGAUGAAAUAAUAAUGGAAGCACGCGUGCCUGCUGUCCGUCACACGUUGCCUUUACUGAGUGAAACUGAAUGUGAAUCAGUUGGAGACGCUGAGCUGCAGCUGAUGAACUGAACUCAGAAAACUGAACUGAAAAUGGACUAAAUGUGAGCUGAAUCUGUACAGUCUCACAGGUGACAUAUGCCAAACAAAAAAAAAACAAAAAAGGAAAAAAAACAACAGUGGUACCUACUUUCUGCACAUCAUUUAUCUGUAUUGAAAUGUCUAAGAAUUCUGUCAGCUGUGUUUACCUUCUCGGCCAGUUAAUUCCGUGUACUUUCGCGACAUAAAACUCAACGGAUUUAAGCUCAAACUUUAUUUCCAGUAGCCUCACUUUCUCUGCAACAGUACAAACUUCUUUCAUGUUCCUGCUCAUUUUACCUUGCAAUACCGAUUGCUGUAGGUGGAUUGAAACCCGUGUAUGGAGGGAAAGCACAGUGUUUGUUUCUACAGUGUGUUGAUAAUGACUCAUGUGACCAGUGCUCUGCUCAGGAUCUCCACAGACCAGAACUGUGCCAGUUACGCCAUUAGAGUCUUGGUGGGUCAGCAGAAGGGGCGACAGCAUGUUGGUCUUAAUGGAGUCUGGAAAUAAGUGAUGAUGCUUUUCCCUUUGGACAACCUGCCGUGCCUGCUGACAGCUGACUUCUUGUAGCUUCAUGACUGUUUUGACCAAAUUUACGCUACGCAGCGAUUCAGUUUUCUUUUUGGCGUGAGUGUUGAGUCUGGCCUGAAUGAUGUUUCAGGGAACCCGAGUGUUUGUUUAUUUUAUUGUACAUAAUUCUUUAAUAAAAUAAAUAAAGUAUGUUUCA